AUGGUUAUCAAAUUUAAAACAAAGACAGAACGGCACAGCAUGCUGGGCUCGGGGUUUAAAGCUGAGCGUUUGCGAGUCAAUUUGCGAUUAGUCAUAAAUCGUCUGAAAUUAUUAGAGAAAAAAAAAACGGAACUAGCCCAGAAAGCAAGGAAGGAGAUUGCUGACUACCUGGCUGCUGGGAAGGACGAACGAGCUCGAAUCCGGGUGGAGCACAUUAUCCGGGAAGACUACCUUGUGGAGGCCAUGGAGAUCCUGGAGCUGUACUGUGACCUGCUGCUGGCUCGGUUUGGCCUGAUCCAAUCUAUGAAGGAACUAGAUCCUGGUCUGGCUGAAUCAGUGUCUACAUUGAUUUGGGCAGCUCCUCGACUUCAGUCAGAAGUGGCAGAGUUGAAAAUAGUUGCUGAUCAACUCUGUGCCAAGUAUAGCAAGGAAUAUGGCAAGUUAUGUAGAACCAACCAGAUUGGAACUGUGAAUGACAGGUUAAUGCACAAACUGAGUGUGGAGGCUCCACCUAAAAUCUUGGUGGAGAGAUAUCUGAUCGAAAUUGCCAAGAAUUACAAUGUGCCCUAUGAACCUGAUUCUGUGGUCAUGGCAGAAGCUCCUCCGGGGGUAGAGACAGAUCUGAUUGAUGUUGGCUUCACAAAUGAUGUGAAGAAAGGUGGUCCUGGAAGAGGAGGAGGUGGUGGUGGUGGGUUCACUGCACCAGUUGGUGGACCUGAUGGAACAGUGCCCAUGCCUAUGCCCAUGCCCAUGCUAUCUCCUGGUCCUCCUUUCUCAUACCCACUUCCAAAGGGACCAUCGGAUUUCAAUGGAUUGCCAAUGGGGACUUAUCAGGCCUUUCCUAAUAUUCAUCCACCUCAGAUACCAGCAACUCCCCCAUCGUAUGAAUCUGUUGACGUGAAUAUUGAUAAGAAUGUCUCUUCUACACAGAUUGUUGGUCCUGGACCCAAGCCAGAAGCCUCUGCAAAGCCUCCUCCCAGACCUGCGGAUAACUAUGACAACUUUGUCCUGCCAGAGCUGCCAUCUGUGCCAGACACACUACCCACUGCAUCUGCUGGUGCCAACACUUCAGCUUCUGAAGACAUUGACUUUGAUGAUCUUUCCCGGAGAUUUGAAGAGCUAAAAAAGAAAACAUAA